GGGUACCCGGUUGUGAAGGCUGCAAAUGGUCAGACAUGUAUGAAACAGGGAGAAGUCGACGGAUGUGUAGGAGUCGAGCAAUGCCUGAGACGGCACAGAUGUUUCGUAGGACUCUCCUCCUCCUUCCCAUCUUCCUUGCUGCAUUGAUUGCGCCUUGUGUUUCCGCCGUCGAUGAAUUUACCGUGGAUGGGACCGUCUUGGAGCUGGACGGAUCCAACUUCGAUUCGGCCAUUUCCACCUUUGAUUUUAUCCUCGUCGAUUUCUAUGCCCCUUGGUGUGGCCACUGCAAGAGGCUCUCUCCCGAGUUAGAUGUGGCUGCCCCAUUACUUGCUGUGUUGGAUAAACCCAUCAUGAUUGCAAAAGUAAAUGCUGACAAGUUUACUCAUCUUGGUUCCAAAUAUGAAGUCGAUGGAUAUCCUACACUGAAGCUCUUUAUGCAUGGUGUCCCGGUAGAGUAUUCUGGUCCCAGGAAAGCUGAGUUGCUUGUUAAAUACCUGAAAAAGUUUGUUGGACCUGAUGUUUCCCUCCUUGAAUCGGACUCUGCUAUCAGUAGCUUUAUUGAAACAGCUGGUACACAGUUUCCUAUAUUUAUUGGAUUUGGCUUGAACGAAGCAUUAAUCGUGGAUUUUGCCAAAAAGUACAAGAAGAAAGCAUGGUUUUCUGUAGCGAAGGAUUUCUCUGAGGACAUUAUGGUAGUAUAUGAUUUUGACAAGGUCCCUGCUUUGGUUUGCUUUCAUCCAAGCUAUGAUGAAAAGAGCAUUUUCUAUGGCCCCUUUGAAGCGGAAUUCUUGGAAGAUUUUAUCAAGCAAAAUCAAUUGCCUCUGGUUUUGCCCGUAAACUAUGAUACACUCAAGUUGUUGAAAGAUGAUGAGAGGAAAGUUGUUCUAACAAUCAUGGAGGAUGAGUCAGAUGUGAAAUCACAUACGUUGAUUAAGACACUGAAGGCUGCCGCAUCUGCGAAUCGUGACCUAAUAUUUGGAUAUGCUGGAUUCAAGGAAUGGGAAGACUUUGUUGACGUAUUUGAUGUUGAUAAGAAGACAAAACUGCCAAAAAUGGUUGUCUGGGAUAGAAAUGACGAAUUCUCCACGGUCGUAGGCUUGGAAAGUAUUGAUGAGGAGGAUCAACGGUCUCAAAUAAGUCAAUUCCUCGAAGGAUAUAGGGAAGGAAGGACAAUUCAAAAGAGAUUCAGUGGGCCUUCACUGAUUGGCUACAUCAACUCACUCAUCAGCAUCAGAACUGUUUAUCUUAUUGUCUUUGUGGUGGCUGUCAUCAUGCUUAUCCGAACCAUUGGCAACAAAGAUGAAGAUGACACUCCAAGGACACACAGGCAAGUGAGGGAUGAAGAUACAAGCAGCUCCUCCGGGGAGAGUGAAAGGAGAGAGUACCAACCUGGUGACAAGGAAGAUUAAGUUGACGAGCACACAGUUUCUAUGGAUACCAUUGCAUGGCGCCCACUUGCAUACAAUCGAAAGACCAAUUUUUUUUUACAGAAAUCUAUGUGGGUUAUCUGAGUAAGUUAAGAUGGACUAUAGAUGGUAGUCAUAUUGUGUGAAUUUUGUCAGAGUUUCCGUAUGUAUGAUAAUUGCGAUCUCAUUUUGCUAUACAAUUUGCUCCAUUGCCGAAUCC